AUGGAUCAAAUCCACACACGAGCCCUGGAGGCUCUCCAACCAUUCAUCCACCUAGCCCGCUCCAACAACGCAAGUUCGCCUCGCUUUAUCGCCAAUCUCAUCACAAAUGCCACCUCAAACACGCAAACCUACGUCUUUGCAGAACUGCUCGAGCUGCCGACGGUCCAAGCAUUACGAUCACCAGACACACCAGCCGAGUAUAAAGGAUAUCUAAAGCUACUAGAGAUCUUCGCAUGGGGCACAUGGCAAGAAUAUCAAGCAACUCCAAACCUCCCUGAGCUGAACACCGAGCAAACCCUCAAACUCCGCCUACUCUCACUCCUAACGCUCUCAACGACAAUCAAACCCCUUACCUACAGCGCCCUGAUGACCGCCCUCAGUACCCCCACAAAAACCGAGCUCGAAUCCCUUGUAACAGCAGCCAUCUACGCUUCCCUGAUAACAGCUCGCCUCUCGCCAGCCUCCACCCCACCAUCCGUGAACGUGACAGCUGUUGCCCCACUCCGUGAUGUCGAACCCCAAUCCCUCCCUAAAAUGAUCGCCAAUUUAAGUGAGUGGGAAUCGCGAUGCGGCGAGGUCGUUUCCGAUCUGGAGGCGGAGAUUGCGCGUGUCAAGAGCGACGCCGCGAAGCGUGCUGCACGCGCUCAGGCGCACAACGACGCACUCGAGGAGGCUGUUAAGAGGAAGCAAAAUGCGGGGAAGAAGGGUGGUCGGCGUGGUGGUCGCCUUGGCACUGGCCUCGGGGGGAGUAAGAGGGAUGCAGAUGAUAUUGAAGAGGAUGAUGGGUUCUUUGAGAACUAUGAUGGCGGUGACGGCUCGCGCAUGGAUAUUGAUGAGGCACCUGGUGCUCGUGCGGGAAAUAGUCGGCAGCCGAAGAGGGUGUUGGGCCGCAAGUCUUGA